GUUUCCCGGUGAUUGUCAUAUGGCCUCGCGAUAACCGCCUCGGCGUUGGUUAUCUUCCUCUUCAUCAGUGAUAGCUGACCUGCCCUGACUGUGCAGCUCACUGUGUUAGUGUGUCGCACUGGUCAUGGUAAGUAGCUGAGAUUAAACAAGGCUCAUCAUUGUGUUGUUUCCGCUCUGAAUAACCGCAGGCAGAGGAGACGAGCAGCAGCAGCGGGUCAGCGGGCUCUCCUCGGACUCACAGCAGAGAGGAGGGGGGGAGGCACAGACUUUAUUCUCGACUGUCUGAACCUCCUCCACCACCGCGAGCCCCGCUUUCUUUUGUGUGCUCCUUUCGAACACCUCGCGGGGCGCAACUCGGCCGCGCGCACGCACGCACGCGGGUCUGCAGAUUCCAUGCAGCUCCUCCUCGAGGGGGUCGCGGUGACUGAGAGCCCCCACCCCCUCGUCUCUCUCUCUCCCCCCGGCUCCUCCUGCGCCCGCCCCGGCACCGAUUGUUGACAAAAGACGCUGCGAGACGGAGCGAAGGAGACCGGUCUUGGUGUGGCCGAGGUGAUUCUGUUGUCGGUGGUGGUCGGACCGCAGCAGGCCGGCGUGAACUGGACCCCUCCUCUUCCUCCUCUCCUCUCUCCUUCCUGAAAACCACCCGUGAUUGGUAUUUACCCACAACACCAGCGGCCAAGAUGGGUCACUCACUGUGAGUAACAUCCCCGGAUCAGCGUUAAAGGAGGAGGAGGCGGCGGCCUUAGGCAGGUUUACUCAGCCGGGAAUGGUGUGAGCUGAGACGGUCAGGCAGUCUGGAUCUGACCGGGGACCCGUCAUUCCCCCGGAGCCUCCGCGGCCCCAAGCCGCGUCCUGAGCCCUCCAAGAUGGGGAAGUGCGACGGAAGAUGCACCCUGUUGGUGAUUUGCUCGCUGCAGUUGAUGGCAGCCCUCCAAAGGCAGGUGUUUGAUUUUCUGGGCUACCAGUGGGCUCCUAUACUGGCCAACUUCUUGCACAUCAUGGCCGUCAUCCUGGGUAUGUUCGGCACGGUGCAGUUUCGCUUCAGAUACCUCAUCUUUUAUGCAGUAUGGCUGGUCCUCUGGGUGGGCUGGAACUCCUUCAUUAUCUGCUUCUACCUGGAGGUUGGAAACCUGUCUCAGGACAGAGACUUUCUCAUGACGUUCAACACAUCCCUCCAUCGCUCUUGGUGGAUGGAGCACGGUCCUGGUUGCCUGGUAACGCCAGUGCUAGACUCUCACAUGGCCCCUGAUGACCACCAUGUCAUCACUGUGUCUGGGUGUCUCCUUGACUACCAGUACAUAGAGGUGUUGAGUUCAGCCAUGCAGGUCCUACUGGCUCUCUUCGGUUUUGUCUACGCCUGCUAUGUGAGCAAAGUCUUCCAGGAUGAUGAGGACAGCUUUGAUUUCAUCGGUGGCUUUGAUUCGUAUGGAUAUCAGCCUCCUCAGAAGUCCUCCCAUCUGCAACUGCAGCCUCUUUACACGGCUGGAUAACUGCUGGUAGCGCCCCCUUCAGGCCAAACCCUGACGGUGUCACUGUGGAUGGAAAGCGGCAGCGGUUGCCUUGGUUACACUCACUCUGUGUUUCACAGUUUAGGACUUAACCCCACCCAGAGGGAGCAACUCCUGUGCGUGUGUGUGUGUGCUUGUGUCUGAGAAAGAGAAUUACAGCCCUGAUUAGAAUGUACGGAGCUCAGGGAAGAACCAGCAUGCCAGGUGGUGUGAGGAGAUGGAGGAGGAGGAGGAGGAGGAGGAGGAGGAGGAGGAGGAGGGAGAAGAGGGGGGAGGAGCUGGGGACACCUCUGUCAAAUCACCAAGGACACACUUCACUAAACUGCCAGCUCUCAACACUCCCACAAGUGUGCGUGUGUGUAAUGUGUGUGUGUAACUCAACAAGACUUAGCUGGUGCUUUGUGGUAGCACCCUGGACUUUUACCACUCAAUAUCCCUAUGUUCUGUUUUUUUUUUCUAUUUUAUUUUUAAUUUGAGUGCUUGUGUGUGUGUGUGUGUGUGUGUGUGAGUGUGUGUGUGUGUGUGUGUGAGUGAGUGAGUGAGUGAAUGCGAGUGUGGGGCUGGGGCUGGGGAUAAGGGUGGGGGUCACGUUAUAAAAAGAGGCACGGCUCGUACCUGUUGUUGUUUUAGAGUGUGGUGAUGUCAAACUAGAGCAGUUUUACGGUUUCUUUUCCCAAAGCCAUCUAUGCAUCCUUACAUACUGUUAAAUUUCACCGUUGUCAUUAAAGCUUGUCAAAUUAAAGCCCUGGUCUGAUGAGAAAACAAAGCAGAGCUGGUAGAGUUAAAAGAAUGGACUCUUUAAAGGAUCGGGCUGACAAUAUUAUGUACUUUUUAAGCUUGAGCAACAACAAUGACGUGUUCUUCUCUCUGUCAGUACUUUUUAAAAUUGUUUGUGUCUCUCUGUCCCCAGUUUGUUUCAUCCUAGAGCUGUAAAUCUUGGCACAGAAAUAUACCUCUGUUUCAAAAAGGUUAAAAAAUACCCUGAAAUAUCUGGGGACUGUAGCAUUUUGCAAAUGUCACUCAAACAGUGGUUUAAACUUUGCUCAUUGGGGACUAAUUUUAGCUGCAUAUGUGAACAGAAAGUAUUUACAGCAGCAAGAUGGUGUAUGUUAUAAUAAGGACAUGAUAAUGGGGGAACAUGUCACCAAAUAAAGUUUUGGAAGCGAUUGUAUAUCAAAGAAGAAUAUAUAUUUACACUGCUUGUUGGAUUUUUACAUUGAUGGUUCAGGUGUGACAAAAGGAAAAAUAUAAAAUAUAACCAGCCUUAUCCUUUAAAGUUCAGGUCUACAACAAAAAUCAACACAAAUGUCCACAUACUGGAUGUUUUGUUUUUCAGGUAAUAAAAUGAGCAGCCUCUACAUGUAUUUCUGUUGAUAAGGGAUGCAGAUGGCUUUGGGAUCAGGCAUUUGUCUCUUUUGGUGGGGGGAGCAGGGGGAUACUGUGCAUGUAAAUAACCAGCCAAUGAUUGUUUUGUUGGUUCCAUUUAGAAAAAGGGGGGAGGGUUGCAUUAGGGGAUUGGGUUGGGCUGGGGGGAGACAGACACAUCAAAGUUUUUCUUCAUAUCUGUUUCUCUUGUUCCCUCUUCCUACGGUUUGCAGUUACUCUCCCCUUAAGCUACAUUCACCUGAUCCAGCGAGGGAGCAGGGUCAUAAAAGAGACCCCACAGGGAAAUAUAUUAUGAACAUAUGCAUUAACACGCUCUCAGUAGUUUUGUCGAUGCUCCUGGAAGCAGGCAGAGGGAAGGAGGGAGACAGGUCUGAGGUGAAGACCCCGUAAUUAGUGUAAGUUGCAGUUUGAAAUAAUAAAAAUACACUUUCUACAUGAAA